AUGCUUAAUGGAAACCGGGUCUUGAAACGAAAGCAAAGAACACUUCCUGAUGGUACAGAUAAAUCCAGUGGCAGAGAAAACAACUCCAAACCUGUAGAAGAACCUUCACCAUCCAUGUCAUCAAAAUGUGACCCAAAAGACGAUGAUGCUCUAGAUCAUCCUGGAAAAAGAAUAGGAGAUGAUGGGCAUGUUCCACCAGGGAAGUGGGAAUGCCCAAACUGUUGUCAGAAAAGUACGUCUUUAGAGCCUAUGAAUCUGGAUCCUGUCUCAGAACGAGCAGGGACAGAACUUAUCGUUCAAAGAUCAAAAACUGAAAAGGAAUCAUCUCGAACUAAAAAGGUAACUGAGGUCUUCGAAAGCUCCAUUCUUGAGAAAAGAAGAUCUUCAGACAACAGAAAAAUUUCCUUAUCUUCUUGUGCCCAAUCAGUUGAAAAGGAGGUCUGUUUCUCCGGUCAUGUAUCCCCCUUUACAGAACCCUGUCGUCUGGAUGUGUCUAUGACACAUAUUUCGGAGGAGAAGUCUAGUGCUCCUGCUAAGGAAAUGUUGUCAUUAUCGAAGAUACGAAAUUUAAAUACAAAUGAGGAUGCUUCUGGGAGAAUGGCCAAUGUGUCUCGUAAAAAUGAACACAUUGAUGAAUUUGAAGUCGCAUUGGAAGCUGCCAUGCGGGAAGUUAGAAAAAGAAAGCAUAAGGUUUCCACCCAUGCUAGUGAAAAGAAGCACAAGACUAACAAGGACAAAUCUGCUGCAGAUAAUUCGAGCAAGGGUGUGUUGAAAGCGAAGGCUAAACAUUCAAGCACUUCCAAAACACAAGGAAAAAAAAAAAUAGUUGACCACAGGGCUUGUACGACUCCAUCGAGAAAGGAAGUUGCAAAAGAGACUUCAUCAAAAAAGGAAGUUGAGAAAGACACUGUUGGUAUCCAACUAAAAGACAAGGUUGAUCGAGUUUUGGGUUGUAGAGUGCAGAGUGAUCAUGCAAAUUCUUCUCGUAACAUCCUUGUCAUGGAUGAAAAUGACCUGCCUUCUGAGGAUUCAAUAGUAGUAGAAGAUCGAAUCAAACUAUCUGGUCGAAGUCCCGAAUGGGAAAUGCCCUCAUAUGUGGUUGGUGGAGGAAACUCUGUCUGGGGAUCUAAGGAUGUCGCUGGCUGUUCUGAUGGGGGAAAGAACAUAAAAGAUGAUAUAAUUACAGAUAAGCUACAAGUGUACCGAAGAUCAGUGACCAAAGAAUGUAAAGGAAACCGUCGAACACGCAUCUCCGAUGAGAUUGGAAGCUCAAAUGAGGUUGAAACAGAGAUAAGAAUGAAUGGUUCUCCUGAAAAGAAAGUUAAUGAGUCCUGCACAACUGAAUCUGGAUUCUCUAAUGGAUUGACUGUGUCAUAUGACUUCUUGGUCAAGUGGAUAGGAAAAUCUCAUAUCCAUAACAGUUGGGUUCCUGAAUCUGAACUGAAAAUUCUGGCUAAAAGGAAGCUGGAAAAUUAUAAGGCGAAAUACGGGACAUCAACAACGAAUUUCUGUAACAAACGGUGGAAGGUGCCUCAGCGAGUGAUUGAUGUUCGGUCCUCUGAAGACGGUUCUACUGAAGUGUAUGUAAAGUGGACAGAUGUUCCUUAUGAUGAAUGCACUUGGGAAAAAAUGGAUGAACCUGUAAUUGCUAACUCACCGCACUUGGUUGAUUUGUUCUAUCAGUUUGAACGCCAAUCUAUACAGAAUGAUGGCGCUAAACAUGACGCACUGCGGAGGAAGGGUGACUCCCGACAAAGUGAGGUAAUUACUCUCACUGAGCAGCCUAAGGAGCUAGUAGGAGGUUCUUUGUUUCCACAUCAGCUUGAAGCAUUAAAUUGGUUGCGGGAAUGCUGGAAUAACUCAAAAAAUGUCAUACUUGCUGAUGAAAUGGGGCUUGGGAAAACAGUAUCAGCUUGUGCUUUUAUAUCAUCACUAUAUUUUGAGUUUAAAGCUAUGCUACCUUGUCUAGUUUUGGUUCCUUUAUCCACAAUGCCUAACUGGAUGGCAGAGUUUGCACAGUGGGCUCCUAACCUCAAUGUCGUGGAAUAUCAUGGGAGUGCAAGGGCUAGAACCAUAAUUCGCCAAUACGAAUGGAAUGCCAGUGAUCCUUGUUCGUCAAGUACAAAAACAACCGCUUACAGGUUCAAUGUUCUUCUUACUACUUAUGAAAUGGUUAUAGCAGACUCGUCUUAUCUUCGUGGAGUUCCUUGGGAAGUUCUUGUGGUUGACGAGGGGCAUCGUUUGAAAAAUGCAAGGAGCAUACUUUUUGGGGUGCUAAAUACAUUUUCAUUCCAACAACGUGUAUUGUUGACUGGCACUCCUCUUCAAAACAACAUAGGGGAACUGUAUAAUCUGCUAAACUUUUUGCUGCCAGCUUCAUUUCCUUCUCUCUCUUCAUUUGAGGAGAAGUUUAAUGAUCGCACAACUGCAGAAAAGAUUGAGGAACUAAAGAAACAUGUUUCUCCGCACAUGCUUCGUAGGCUUAAAAAGGAUACCAUGAAGAAUAUCCCACCUAAGACUGAAAGACUGGUUCCUGUUGAGUUGUCAUCUAUACAGGCAGAAUACUAUCGGUCAGUGCUUACAAAGAACUAUCAGAUAUUACGCAAUAUAGGGAACGGAGAACCAGUUAAAUCAAUGUUAAAUGUUGUGGCGCAAUUGAGGAAUAUUUGCAACCAUCCUUAUCUCAUACCAGGCACCGAGCCUGAUACUGGAUCCGAGGAAUUCCUUCAUGAAAUGCGGAUUAAGGCUUCUGCUAAACUGACUCUGCUGCAUUCUAUGCUUACGAUUUUAUAUAAAGAAGGUCAUAGAGUCCUUAUAUUUUCACAGUCGACCAAGUUACUUGAUAUCCUUGAGGAUUAUUUGAACAUUGAAUUUGGGCCAGAGACAUAUGAGAGAGUUGAUGGUUCUGUUUCUGUGACAAUUCGCCAAGAAGCAAUUGCACGUUUUAACCAAGAUAAGAGCCGAUUUGUCUUCCUUCUAUCAACACGAUCUUGUGGUCUUGGUAUCAACCUGGCUACUGCCGAUACUGUCAUUAUCUACGAUUCUGACUACAACCCACAUGCAGAUAUCCAAGCCAUGAAUCGGGCACAUCGAAUUGGACAAUCGAAUAGACUUCUCGUAUAUAGGUUUUUUGUGCGUGCUAGUGUUGAAGAACGCAUCUUGCAGCUGACAAAGAAGAAACUUAUGCUUGAUCAACUUUUUGUGAACAAGUCUGGGUCGCCAAAGGAGGUGGAAAGUAUCCUAAGAUGGGGAACCAAAGAAAUUUUUAAUGAAUUUUCUAGCUUGCCUGGAAAAGAUGGUGAAAAGCACAUCAAUAACGAUAAAACAAUUACAGAGGUAGAGACUAAGCAUAAGAGGACUGGUGGCCUUGGGGAUUUCUACCAAGAUAAAUGCACAGAUAUUAGUAACAAGAUUGUGUGGGAUGAAAAUUCGAUUUUGAAAUUGCUUGACCGCUCAAACCUUGAAUCUGAUUCACCGGAUACUGCUGAGACAGAAUUAGAGAAUGACAUGCUUGGUUCAGUGAAGUGCCCAGAAUUGAAUGAUGAACCAAUGGAAGACAAAGAUGAAACAGCAUCGUUUCCUGAAGCAACUAGCGAGACAUGUGCACAGAGUUCUGAAAAGAAGGAUGAUAAUUUGGUUUGCAAUAAUGAAGAAAAUGAAUGGGACAGGCUUCUGCGAGUUAGAUGGGAGAAAUAUAAAUGUAAAGAGGAAGCAUCUCUUGGUCGAGGGAAACGUCAGAGAAAAGUCAUUUCUUACAGGGAAGCAUACGUGGAACACCCCAGUGGAACACAGAGUGAAGUACUGAGUGGUGCAGAAGAGGAACCAGAGCCAGAACAAGAGCCUGUACGGGAGUACACUUUGGCUGGACGAGCUUUUAAAUCAAAAUAUGCUAAACUCCGUGCUAGACAGAAAGAACGAUUAGCUAAGAGAAAUGCAACUAAAUCAUCUGCUCCCAUUGAACAUCUAUCUGGACCAGAGUUGCUUUCUCAGCUGCCACCACCCAGUGCUCAAGCAGAGACUCAAUUGACUGCAUCAAUUCCCGUCGAAGAGAAAUUUUCAGCAAUUGACUUCAAAGAUCGUGUUCCAACGGCAGGACCAGAUAACAAGAUUGGCUCGUCCUUGAAGUUGGGGAAGACAUCACAGCAGAAACCCAACGCUUUUCUGAAACUUCCUGUUAUAUCUGUUGACCAACACAUUGCGGAAGUUCCUCCGUCAAAUGAGCAUUUAGAGGGCACAAGCACUGUGAACUCAUUAAGUGACAAUCUGAUUCCAGUUUUAGGACUAUGUGCUCCUAAUGUUAACCAAAUGAUGCCGGUGCACAGGAAAUUUUCAAGAUCAUAUCAAAGACAGUACAAGAAAGGGCCAGUACUUGAGUCCUCCUUCCCUACUAGCAAUGGCUCCUCGAAUGAGAUGACGAUUAAAGGAAACGAGUCAAUCCCAUCCAGGUUCAAAUUACCAGAUCUUUCAUCAUGCACUUCUCAGUCGCAGCAGAAGAGUGAUGUCCCUGAUCUGCCCUUUAAUCCACAGCUUCUGGACAUCCUGAAAGGAAAAGGCCCUGCGGAACAUUUGAGAAAUAUUGGUGGUACUUACUUUAAUCAUCAUGAAAAGACAAUGUUGCGGAAAUUACCAUUUGAUGACAAAUUGCUGCAAUAUCCACUUCCUAGUGCAAAUUUUCUGCAUUCAACAACUGAUUUGUUGCCAAUCCUGUCACUGGGAUCAAGAGUUUCAAAUCUGAAUGGUAAGCUUCCUGCACUGCCAUCAUUGCCAAAGCUUAAAUAUCCUCCAGAUGCACCCAAAUAUAAUCAGCAAGAACAGGAGAUUCAUUCAGCAUUGGGCUCAGGUAAGAUGCCUAAUCCAUCUACAACACUUCAUGAAAACCACAGGGAGGUCCUUGAGAACAUUAUGUUGAGAUCUGGAUAUGGACUGAGCAGUCUGAACAAAAAGAAAUCAAAGGGAGAUAUCUGGUCUGAAAAUGAGCUUGAUAACUUGUGGAUUGGCAUUCGGAGGCAUGGAAAGGGUAACUGGGAGGCAAUGCUACGAAAUCCAGGGUUGAAGUUUUCCAAGGUAAAAACUGCUGAAGAUUUGUCAACAAAAUGGGAGGAAGAACAACUUAAAAUCUUGGAUGGGCCUGAAGUGCCAGUACCAAAUUCUCUUAGGCCACCAAACUCAGCAAAUUCCGCCUCAUAUACUGGGAUCUCUGAUGGAAUGAUGGCACGGGCAUUGCACGGAGGUAAAUAUAAUGAGCUAUUGAAAUUUCCAACCCGCUUGAUGGACAUGAAAUUGGGUCUUGGUGGUCUACCAUCCGGCGAGCCACAUUUGGAAUAUGCUGAUCGACUUGGUUUACACAGUGAGCAGGUUCCAGCUCUUCCAACCAGGGAUGUCAACAAGUUUCACACAACUUUCUUCCGAGCCUUCUCGUCGGGUGCUUCAGACAGAUCACUCGCUUCUGAAGGCAUGCAUACAGACUCAUCAUUUCAGCUGAAUUCAUUGGGAUCUAGUAGCUUGGUUUCUCUGGGUCUAAGUUGUUCAGAGAGCUCUAAAUUACAGAAAAAGGAGAACCAGGAAAAUGCUACUAAAUUGGGGAUAUUGCAGGGCCUUGAUAAAUCAUCAACAUUAUUUCAUAUGGGAAAUGAAGAGCCUGCAAAUUUUGAGAAGGAUCAAAGAUUUUAUCAAUCAAAGGGAAAGGAAAAGGUCACUAGAUGCAGUCAUCCAAAUGACACAUUGCCCCAUUGGCUUCGAGAAGCAGUAAGUGGACCUGGUGAAGCCGCUGAACCUGUCAUGCCAUCAACUGUAUCCGCAAUUGCGAAAUCUGUUCACGUGUUAAAUGGGGAAGACACCUGCAUAAUUCCUCCAUUUAUAGUUCCAUCACUACCUCCAUCCCAGCCCUAG